UAUAAAUCGAAUUAGUCGGCCACCACAGGAAAGAAGCAAUGGAAUUGGAAAACAAUGAUAACGCCGUCCUCGCCGGAGAUAUCAUGACGGAGCCAAUGGACAUAAUGCAAGUCAACAAAAAGGUUAUUCUUGGACCAGGGCUACGAAUAGAUGGCAACACCAUACGGGCUAGCAAGUGUGGACAGCUGAAGAUUAAGGCCCCUAACACGUUUUGGGUGGAUGCUCACCAGAGGCGUUACGUUCCAAACCGGGGAGAGCUUGUGAUUGGCGUGGUCAUUGCAAAGGCAGGAGACAUAUUUCGGUUAGAUAUUGGUAGCAAUGAUACUGCUUCCUUGUCUUAUAUGGCCUUUGAAGGAGCGACGAAGAAAAAUCGUCCGGACGUAAAUGUUGGAGACAUUGUGUAUGCUCGUUUGUUAAUAGCUCAUUCUGAUGUUGAACCAGAACUAGUGUGCGUAGAUUCUCACGGCAAAAAAGGCAAAUUGGGCGUUUUGCACGAAGGUUUUAUGUUGUGUUGCAGUUUAAAUUUGGUUCGCAAAAUACUCAACCCCAAGUGUACAUUUUUAAGUCUUCUUGCGAAAGAACUCGCAUUUGAAAUGGCGGCUGGAAUGAAUGGACGCAUUUGGAUUCGAGGAAAAACAAUCAAAGAAACAAUCGCAGUAGGAAAUGCAAUACUGGCCUUAGAAUAUGUAUCAAACGACCGCAUCCGAGAUCUUUGUACCGACAUCGGAGCUUAUGUUUCAGGUUUCGUAAAAUAA